UGGUCUGGCCAGUGGCAACAAGGCUGUAAAUCAAUUGCUCAGCAUACCUUCCCGAGGGCUGAACUGAUGGAAGAAAAGCUGAUAGCCUGAGACUCAGGAAGACAACUUCUGCAGGGUGACUCCCUGGCCUCUGGAGGAGACAGAAGGAGGGCAGCACUCCAGUGGCACAGAAGUGAGACACAAUGGAAUCAGGCUUCACCUCCAAGGACACUUACCUAAGGCAUUUUAACCCUCGGGAUUACCUAGAAAAAUAUUAUAAGUUUGAGUCUAGGCACUCUGCAGAAAGCCAGAUUCUUAAGCACCUUCUGCAAAAUCUUUUCAAGAUAUUCUGCCUAGAUGGUGUGAAGGGAGACCUGCUGAUUGACAUCGGCUCUGGCCCCACUAUCUAUCAGCUCCUUUCUGCUUGUGAAUCCUUUAAGGAGAUCAUCGUCACUGACUACUCAGACCAGAACCUGCAGGAGCUGGAGAAGUGGCUGAAGAAAGAGCCAGAGGCCUUUGACUGGUCCCCAGUGGUGACCUAUGUGUGUGAUCUUGAAGGGAACAGAGUCAAGGGUCCAGAGAAGGAGGAGAAGUUGAGGCAGGCGGUCAAGCAGGUGCUGAAGUGUGACGUGACUCAGAGCCAGCCGCUGGGGGCCGUCCCCUUACCCCUGGCUGACUGCCUGCUUAGCACGCUGUGUCUGGAUGCUGCCUGCCCAGACCUCCCCACCUACCGCAGGGCACUCAGGAACCUCGGCAGCCUACUGAAGCCAGGGGGCUUCCUGGUGAUCAUGGACGCGCUGAAGAGCAGCUACUACAUGAUUGGCGAGCAGAAGUUCUCCAGCCUUCCCCUGGGCCGGGAGGCAGUAGAGGCUGCCGUGAAAGAGGCUGGCUACACGAUCGAAUGGUUUGAGGUGAUCUCACAAAGUUAUUCUUCCACCAUGGCCAACAACGAAGGACUUUUCUCCCUGGUGGGGAGGAAGCUGAGCAGAUCCCUGUGAUGCCUGUGACCUCAAUUAAAGCAAUUCCUUUGACCUGU